CAAGGCCGCAACAUCACUCACCCACUCCCCACCCCUUCCCAAACCCUCACCUCCAUCUCGUUGCCUUCCUCCACCUCUCUCUCUGCCAUGGCCUACCGCGGCGGAGGCCGAGGUGGCCGCGGCGGCGAGCAGCGGCCGCCCUACUCCGGCCGCGGCGACGUCCCUGGCCGUGGUGGCGGUGGUGGUGGGGGUGGAGCCCCGCCGUACCGUCCCGCCUCGGGCUUCGUGUGGCCGCCGCCGGGGAUGACGCCGCGGCCGGGGCCUCCUCAGCCGCAGUACCCGCGGCCGGGGCCGCCGGCCGUCGUCUACGGCGCGCCGAUGCCGGCGGCGCACCACCAGGGCGCGUACCAGCCCGGGGGCGUGUACCGUGCGCCCUCCCCGGGGGUUCCGGUGAUCGGUGGCUACGCGCGCAGCACGCCCGUCACCAUCCGGGCGCCUCCGCCGUCGCACUCGUCGGCUCCGGCUCCGUACCAGCCGGCGGCGGCCGCGCCGGCUCCCUCGUCGUCCUCCACGGCGCCGUCCGCUACGGCUCUGGCCAAGGAGUUCGAGCAGAAGCUGUUCGUGUCGGAGACCGCGCUGGCGCCACCCGCGGCGGUGGCGUCGGCCGCGGCCGCGCCGGCUGGCGAGGCGUCGGUGGAGUCGGACAAGGAUCUGGCACCGGUGUCGAAGAAGGGGCUCGCCCACCCUGCGCGGCCGGGGUUCGGAGCGGCCGGGAAGAAGGUGAUGAUCCGCGCGAACCACUUCCUCGUCAAUGUCGCCGACAACAACCUCUUCCACUACGAUGUUUCAAUCAAUCCUGAGUCAAAAUCAAGAGCAACAAAUAGGGAAGUACUCAAUGAGCUCAUCAAGUUGCACGGGAAGACAUCUCUUGGUGGCAAAUUGCCUGCCUAUGAUGGAAGAAAGAGUCUCUAUACUGCUGGUUCACUCCCUUUUGAAUCGGAGGAGUUUGUGGUUAAGCUAAUUGAUCCCGAAAAGAAGGAUAAAGAAAGGGCGGAGAGGGAGUACAAGAUCACAAUUCGGAUUGCUGGCAGAACAGACUUGUACCACCUCCAGCAGUUUUUGCUUGGAAGACAGAGGGAUAUGCCCCAAGAAACCAUUCAAGUUCUUGAUGUUGUCCUUAGGGAGUCACCAUCUUGGAAUUAUGUCACAGUGUCCAGAUCCUUCUUCUCUACCCAGUUUGGUCACCGGGGUGACAUUGGUGAGGGACUUGAGUGUUGGAGAGGUUACUAUCAGAGCCUGCGCCCAACACAGAUGGGCCUUUCGCUGAAUAUAGAUAUAUCUGCAACGUCCUUUUUUAAGCCUGUGACAGUGAUCCAAUUUGUGGAGGAGUUCCUGAACAUACGUGACACCUCAAGACCUUUGUCAGACCGGGAUCGUGUGAAGAUAAAGAAAGCAUUACGUGGGGUUCGCAUUGAAACAAACCACCAAGAGGACCAAAUCAGAAGAUACAAGAUAACAGGGAUUACCCCCAUUCCUAUGAGCCAGCUGAUAUUUCCUGUUGAUGAUAAUGGGACAAGGAAGACUGUUGUUCAGUACUUCUGGGAUAGGUACAAUUACAGACUGAAGUACGCUUCUUGGCCCUGCCUACAGUCUGGCAGUGAUUCUCGCCCUGUAUACUUACCUAUGGAGGUGUGCAAGAUUGUAGAAGGGCAGAGGUACUCCAAGAAGCUUAAUGACAAACAAGUGACCAACAUCCUUAGAGCAACCUGUCAACGCCCCCAGCAGAGGGAACAGAGCAUUCAUGAGAUGGUUCUCCACAACAAGUAUACAGAGGAUAGGUUUGCUCAGGAGUUCGGUAUCAAGGUCUGCAAUGACCUAGUCUCUGUUCCAGCCCGUGUGCUGCCUCCACCCAUGUUGAAGUAUCAUGAUUCUGGAAGGGAGAAAACUUGUGCACCCAGUGUUGGACAGUGGAACAUGAUUAACAAGAAAAUGAUCAAUGGAGGAACUGUGGAUAACUGGACAUGUCUGAGUUUUUCACGAAUGCGUCCUGAGGAGGUACAAAGGUUCUGUGGUGACCUGAUUCAGAUGUGCAAUGCCACUGGAAUGUCUUUCAAUCCAAGACCAGUCGUGGAUGUCCGGUCAACAAAUCCUAACAAUAUAGAGAAUGCUCUGAGGGAUGUUCACAGGAGAACAUCAGAACUGCUAGCCAGAGAGGGAAAGGGAGGCCUGCAGCUUUUAAUUGUAAUUCUGCCUGAAGUUAGUGGUUCUUAUGGGAAAAUUAAAAGGGUCUGUGAGACUGACCUUGGCAUUGUAUCUCAAUGUUGUUUGCCAAGGCAUGCCAGCAGGCCGAACAAGCAAUAUUUGGAAAAUGUUGCACUCAAAAUCAAUGUCAAGGUCGGAGGGCGCAACACUGUUCUUGAGCGAGCCUUUAUCCGCAAUGGCAUACCAUUUGUGUCAGAAGUCCCAACAAUCAUCUUUGGCGCUGAUGUCACACACCCUCCACCUGGAGAGGACUCUGCAUCAUCUAUUGCUGCGGUUGUGGCAUCUAUGGAUUGGCCUGAAAUCACCAAAUACCGAGGUCUGGUCUCUGCUCAACCACAUAGACAGGAGAUAAUAGAAGAUCUCUUUAGUGUUGGUAAAGAUCCAGUGAAGGUUGUAAAUGGUGGGAUGAUCAGGGAGUUGCUUAUCGCAUUCCGCAAGAAGACUGGCAGAAGGCCUGAGAGGAUAAUCUUCUAUAGAGAUGGUGUAAGUGAAGGUCAGUUCAGCCAUGUGCUUCUUCAUGAAAUGGAUGCCAUCAGAAAGGCUUGUGCAUCUUUGGAGGAGGGAUAUCUACCACCUGUCACAUUUGUAGUAGUUCAGAAAAGGCAUCACACAAGGCUUUUCCCAGAGGUUCAUGGGAGGCGAGACAUGACUGACAAGAGCGGAAACAUCCUUCCUGGAACUGUCGUGGACCGUCAGAUUUGCCAUCCUACAGAGUUCGAUUUCUACCUGUGUAGCCAUGCUGGCAUACAGGGUACUAGCAGGCCAACUCAUUACCAUGUCCUUUACGAUGAGAACCAUUUUACAGCCGAUGCACUUCAGUCCCUGACCAACAAUCUUUGCUAUACCUAUGCGCGAUGCACCCGGGCAGUGUCUGUGGUCCCACCGGCCUACUAUGCUCAUCUUGCUGCAUUCCGCGCUCGCUACUACGUGGAAGGAGAGAGUUCGGAUGGUGGCUCGACCCCUGGCAGCAGCGGGCAGGCUGUGGCGCGAGAGGGCCCUGUGGAGGUGCGCCAGCUUCCCAAGAUCAAGGAGAACGUCAAGGACGUCAUGUUCUACUGCUGAGGAGAUUGUUGGCAAGGAGAGCCCAAUAUUCUGGUAGUUUUUUGGUUGGUAGACUUGUUUGUGUCCUUGGUUUGGAGCUGGUUGCUUGUAGUUCCAUUUGCUGUUUCCGAGUAGCCGGAUUGUGACUGAGCUUUUGUGGUCUUUAAGGCCUUAACUCUGCUUGAGACAAUGCAAGUCUUUUAAAUUUCCCUGUGGCUUUUGUUA